UAGUCUUCUUUGAUUUAUUGUUUCUUUCCUCUUCAUAUAUAGAGUUACCUGGUGGCUAGUUCCGGGUGUACUUUACUUACAUUGCCUACUCCUAGCCUUAAUACUUAAAGCACUUAUAGAUUGUCCAAAAACCAUGGACGAGAGUCGCGAGCUACCGGCAGAGGCCAUGCCGGUCUCGGCGCCACGGCGGACAAUGGGCGACUAUGCGAGGCGCGUCAAGAGAUCACUCACCACGCGCGAGGGCCUCAUUGGGGAUUAUGACUACAAGUACCUUUUCACGCCAAAGUUGCCGUUCAUGAAGACGCCUCGCUCGGCCGCUCCAUUCUUUGGCCUCAACGACCGCAUGCCCGUCUUUCUGGCCAUGCUGCUCGGUUUCCAGCACGCUCUGGCCAUGCUUGCCGGUCUGAUAACGGUACCGCUACUCCUAUCGGGCAGCAGCGGCGCCAACCUCCCGGCGUCCACGCAGCAGUACCUCGUCUCGUCUGUCAUGAUCGUCGCAGGCUUCCUGUCCAUGAUCCAGAUCACGCGCUUUCACCUCUUCAAGUCCCCUUACUACCUCGGCACUGGCCUCAUCUCCGUCGUCGGCUGUUCCUUUGCCGUCAUCUCCGUGGCCACAGGCGGCAUCAAACAAAUGUACAGCAGCGGUUUCUGUCCCUCCAAUCCAGACGGUACUCCGUUGCCGUGUCCCGAUGCGUACGGUGCUCUUCUGGGUACUGCGGCUCUGUGUGCCCUGUUUGAGAUCGGCCUUUCUUUCCUGCCGCCAAAGGUCGUACUACGCAUCUUCCCGCCCAUUGUCACCGGGCCGACGGUGAUGCUUAUCGGAAUCUCGCUCGUAAAAUCAGGCUUCACCAACUGGGCAGGCGGCACUGGUCCUUGCAGCAACACAGACCCGACACCUUUUUUCGCCAGGUGCCCUAACAUCAACGCACCACACGCUCUUCCUUGGGGAAGUCCAGAGUAUCUCGGUCUCGGCUUCUCCGUCUUCGUGACCAUCUUCCUCUGCGAACGCUUCGGCGCACCCCUCAUGCAGUCGGCAGCCAUUGUCAUCGGCCUGGCCGUCGGCUGCAUCAUCGCCGCGGCGACGGGCUACUUUGACAACAGCGGCAUCAACAGCGCGCCCGCUGUGUCCUUCGUCUGGGUCCAGACCUUCAAGCUGCAGGUCUAUCCGCCGCUCAUCCUACCGAUGCUGGCAGUUGUGGUGAUCUGCAUGUGCGAGACCAUUGGAGACAUCACGGCCACCUGCGACGUGAGCCGUCUCGAGGUCGAGGGCAGGAUGUACGAGAGCCGUAUCCAGGGAGGCGUGCUGGCUGACGGUGUCAACAGUAUUCUUGCCGCAAUGAUGACCAUCACUCCCAUGACCACCUACGCACAGAACAACGGUGUCAUUGCCUUGACGCGUUGCGCUAACCGGAAGGCGGGAUACUUUUGCUGCAUGUUUCUUAUAAUAAUGGGAGUCUUUGCCAAAUUCGCCGCAGCCCUCGUCGCGAUUCCCUCUCCCGUCUUGGGCGGCAUGACCACGUUCCUGUUCGCCUCGGUCGCCGUCUCAGGUAUCGCGAUCAUCACCAAGGGCGUGCCAUUCAACCGCCGCAACCGGUUCAUCCUGACGGCCGGCCUGACCCUGGGCUACGGCGCGACGCUGGUGCCAAGCUACUUCAGCAGCGUCUUUGCGCAUACCGACAACGGGUCGCUGCAGGGCUUCCUCAACGCAAUCGAGCUCAUCAUGGAGACGGGCUUCGCCGUCGCCGCCUUCAUCUGCGUCGUCUUCAACCUGCUGCUGCCGGACGAGGUGGUGGAGGAGGAGGCGGAGGAGGAGCAGCAGCGCGGAGCUGUGGCGGCGUCGUCGUCCGCAGACCUCUCGGAGCGGGAUGGCGCCCACUCGCCAUCGGGCAAGGCGGCGGAUCGGGGAGGGGUGUCGCAGGUGGUGGCGUCGGGCGGUGAGGCGGGCUCUGAUACCGGCAUCGAGCACAAGAUCAAGGACAGCUAGGAGCUCGAUUUGACACUCGGCUGGAAAAUUGUAUGGUCUUCGAUUGGGAGCGGCGGUGGUGAUUUGUUUUAUUAGAGUAGUCGAA